AUGGAAUCUAUUAAUGUUUUGGUUGAUGAUUCAAUCAUAAUGAAGGAAAUUGAUAUCGAAGAAGAUGUUGGAACAUCAUCUCAGAUGAAUGGUGCUCUAGAAGAUGUACCAGACAUUGAGUCCAAUAUUGAGUCUGUAGGUAUAGAAUCAGAGGAGGCUUUAACUGAUGAAUUCUAUAUCAAUGUUAUACAAGAAAAAUUGGGUCAAUUCAAGAGGAAUGAAGUAUGGGACUUGGCUCCCAGGCCUGAAGGAACAAAUGUCAUUGGUACAAAAUGGGUCUAUAAGAAUAAAUCUGAUGAAAAGGGAGUUUUCACCAGAAAUAAGGCCAGACUUAUGGCUCAAGGAUACACUCAAAUUAAAGGAGUAGAUUUUGAUGAGACCUAUUCUCUAGUUGCCCGUCUUGAAUCCAUAAGACUGUUGUUAGGAUGGAAUGUAUACUAA